AUGGCAGAUCUGGCAGAAGAUGAAUAUGCCAAACCCCUUUUUGUCAACGGAAGAUACGAAAAUCCUUUCCCUACCUGGAAACAACCAGGAUUCUUUAAUUUGUGUAAAUAUUUUUUAUAUGAUACGGAUGAAAGCAGCAUACUGAGCCAAGAGGAUCUUGAUACGAAUCUUCCUGUAUUGCAACCAGACUUCAAGGACUUCCAUUCCUCGCCACCUGAUAUAAUGUGUGUUAUUUGGCUUGGUCAUUCAUCCCUUUUGGUCAAGUUCGAUGGUGUCACGAUUUUGACUGACCCUAUCUUCAGCAAAAGGUGCUCUCCCUUCCAGUUCAUUGGGCCAAAACGGUUUCGUGAUGCUCCUUGCCAAAUUUCAGAUUUGCCUCCCAUAGACAUUGUGAUCAUCAGCCACAACCAUUAUGAUCACAUGGAUUAUGAAACAAUUGUAAAUUUGCAGAAAAAAUACAAAUCUAGCUUGACGUGGUUUGUUCCAAUGGGAGAUAAAAGAUGGAUGGAGGCAUCUGGUUGUACAAACGUCAGGGAGAUGACCUGGUGGCAAGAGGAAAUACUUGCUGAUCACAUUGGGAUCACGGUAGCAUGUUUACCUUGUCAGCAUUGGAGUUCAAGAAAAGGCUACCUGGGAGUCAAUCGAAGUUUGUGGAGCAGUUGGUGUGUAAUUGGACCAACACAGAGAUUCUACUUUGCUGGGGACACAGGAUACUGUGAAGCAUUCAAACAGAUUGGACAUCGCUAUGGACCCUUUUCUCUUGCAGGAAUUCCAAUUGGAGCAUAUAAGCCAAGGUGGUUUAAACAAGCACAACAUGUGGCGCCAGAAGAAUCUGUUCAGAUUCACCUGGAUGUUCGAUCAGAGAAAUCCAUUGGAAUUCAUUGGGGGACAUUUAGAUUAACUCACGAGCAUUAUUUGGAGCCAAAGGAGAAGCUUAGGGAAGAAAUGGAGAAACAAAACCUUUCCCCUCAAGAUUUCUUCACGUUGAAUCACGGAGAAAUUCAUCUUAUUUGCAACCAAAAACCAAACGAGCAUUCUUCUGAAAACUGCUGA